GUUUUGGUCGGGAAUUGACUGUGCGCAGGCUGCAAACCCAGUUUCGGGAUUUCAUAAUAUCCCUUUUCAGUGCGAUCAAAAUGGCGCUACCGAGAGUAUUGUGUCGCGUUCGUCUGUUUAGAAAUAACGAAUUUUCGGUGGUUGCCAAAUAUCCAUCUUUUGUAAAAAGUGUUCCAAUUAAUAAAAGUGUUCAAGUUCAAGUUUUAAGGCAUUUUCGGACACAUCUAACAACAGUGUCAGUGCCUAAUACGGAUCAAAAACAUAAACUAUUCGAACAAAAGGACUCAUCGUCAUCGUCCUCAUCAUCAUCAUCUUCUGAGAGUGAUAGUGAUAGUGAUGAAAACGAUGUAACAGUAGAAUAUCACAAGGGAUUGCCUCAGAUAACCGUGCCAUUACCAAGCAGAAAAGAAAAAUGUCGAUUCACAGUGAAACCGAUCUCGAAUACGGUGGGAGAUUUUUUAGAAAUGUUACGCAACGAAGACAAAGGAAUAGACAGGGUAGUUAUCAAGGCCCGCGACGGGACCAGGAUAGCAUCGUCCAAUACGAUAGAAAGUCUGCUGGACGACGAUUUUAGGUUAAUUAUCAACGAUUGUUCUUAUAAUGUGAACACACCUAAACAGGAGCGGUUGACUGGCGAAGAAGUACAAAGACUUGACGAUGUAAAAAACCUAAUAAGCCAACUUUACGAAGCCCUUCAAGUCCGCGAGCACCACAUGACGAAAGAGCAAGAAUUAACGACACAACUAGAGACCUUGCAGCAAGAGCUUUUACCAUUAGAAGAGAAAAAGGCUGAGCUGGAGCUGGUGGCCCAGCGAAAAAGUAACUGGCUUUCAUGGACCGGACUUGGAUUGAUGUCUGUGCAAUUUGGAAUUUUGGCCCGUCUCACUUGGUGGGAAUAUUCUUGGGACAUUAUGGAACCCGUCACUUAUUUUGUCACCUACGGCACUGCAAUGGCCGCAUACGCCUAUUUUGUACUCACGAAAGAGGAAUACAUUCUUGCUGACGUAAAAGAUAGACAACACCUGAUCACCCUGCACAAAAAAUCCAAGAAACUUGGUCUCGACUUGAAUCAGUACAACUUGCUGCGCGAGCAAAUCAGCAAAGUGAAUUUGGACUUAAGAAAAGUAAGGAAAAAACGCAACAUUCAUUUUCCUGCUAAACCAGCUUUGGUAAGUCCAGGCGCUCCAGCAGUCUUGCAGGCCGUUCCCAUAGAAGGUGUCACUGUGAAAGACACAGUCACUGUGAAAGAAGAAGUCGCACAACCAGAUGCCAAAAAAUCUAGUGAAACCUCCGCUAAAGACGAAAUACCUCCUAAGAAAUGAUAACUUUUAGGUUAGCCUAAUUUAUUUAUUGAUUUAUUUAGAAAUUUAUAACCCAGUCACUUUAGUCUAACUUAGUAGCCCUAUAACAAAAACAUGGAAUUAUUUUAAAUUUUUCGACAGAAAAAGUUACUGGGUUAUGAAUAAAUAUUGCAAUAUCCAUACUCACUUCUUUUAAAAUUUAGGACCAAUUUGAUGGUUAAACCUUACCCUAAGAUUGUUUAUUGCAGUUAAAUGGAAUGUUAAGUGAUUCAAGCUCAAAUUAGCUAUUAAGACAAAAAAACUUUAAAUAUCUUUGUAUACAUUUAAGUUCCUAAUUUACAAAUAAAUUUUCUUUAAACCGUGUAUUUGAAGGUAUUUAUUGUUGGGAACACCAAGUUUACUAAUAAUAUUCGCUUUAGCUUUUCUCAUCAUAAAAAUUAUAGCACUCCUUCCGUCCUACUUUUUUCUUAAGAUUACGGAGUUGACUUUAUUAAAUUUGACCAAUUUUUAUAUUUAAAAAUAAUUGGUUAAGAGUUUUUAAACUAAGGUUAAAUACUAUUUAAUAAAAAUAAAAUAUUCAUGUGAUGCUUUCCAAAUUACAUUUAAAUAUAAAUAUUUC